AUGCACACUGUCAGUGUGAGAGUUUUGAUUUUAAGGUUGACGUUUGAGAGUUUUGAGAUGCGUCUCACAAAACCAUCACAAAAGAUUCACGAAAAUGUGUGCUGUUUGAGACGAUUUUUGUGAUGAUCACAAAACGUUCUCAAAAAGUGCUACAAUUCAACAAA